AUGGCCGAAAUCUACAUCCGCAACAUACCCUACAACUGCGAUCACCACCAACUGACGCGGAGCCUCGCCGAAGUUCUACAUCAGCCACCAUUCGCCGCCUUCUCCGCUACGCAGCUCAACUUCAGAGUUCACCUCAUGAAAGACAAGCGAGGCCCUGCCGGACGCAAACACAAGGGCAUGGGCUUCCUCACACUCCCUCGCGCGGACCUCGGCGAACUGUUCUUACAGAUCUUUGGCACCAAUCCCGGCUCUCCCUCCCGCUCUAUCUUCAUCGAAAGACGCGCCCUGUCCUUCGAGAAGAGCAAGCAGAAGCCAAAGUCGGAUAUCGUAGAGGACAUCUCGCGUCUGCCCUAUCAAGACCCCGCGGCAGUGGAGGAAAGGGAGAAGCGCACAGUUGGACUGUCGAGCUCCUCAGUCGCCGUCAGCAUCGUACAGUUCGGCUGGGAGUGCCGCGACGAUGCUUUCUCGAUCGAAUGGGAGAAGCAGGUCCAGGGACUGGCGUCCUUGACGUUCUCGGAAGAGAACAGGGAGAUGCGCGUACACAUACAGCACGGAAGCAGCUCGCUCUCCAUUGUCGUCCGGCACUCGAGCAUCAACGACGCGUGCACGUCCGCCUCAAAAACGCAACAGCCCGAGUACUCCGUAUGGAUGAGCCUCUCCACCGCCCCGCACUUCGAGCAACAAGAUCCAUACGUCGAAAAGCGCCGACGUCUCCAAUGCCUUCCCUUUCCCCGACAUGGCGAGGUAGUCGGAUUCGUAUCGCACUCCAUGCGCGUCGUAUUCCCCACCCUGCCCGAGCUGCACAAGUUCCGCCGCCUGGCCGACGUCGCCCAGAUGCACCAGAUCCGCAACUACAACUUCCACGUCGUCCGGCGCGAGUUGUUCUCCGCGAAGAACAUGGACGAGUUCAACCGGUGGCAGAAGUUUUUGCACUGGGAGGUCGCGUACCAGAUCGAAGGCAUUUUGCGCCGGCUGCUGGUGGACGUUAAGGAGAUGCUCACGCUCAUGCAACGCAUUCGCACGAUGAUCAUGAUUUACAACUCGCGGUACACCGCCGCGUUCUUGAAGGUGUUCCGCUUGCGCGCGACGAACUGGUGGUUCCAGGACGACGUCGAGGAGGACUUUUUGACUAUCAACAACUGCUUCACGCAGACGCAGGACGAGUUCGUGCGCAAUAUGCCCUUCAGCGAGUUCACCAAGUCGGGCGCGGUGUCGGAUCCGAACAUCGUGCAGGGCUUGCACGUGUCGAUCACUCCUACGAGUAUAUCUCUGGACGGUCCCUUCCCCGAACAGAACAAUCGCGUCUUACGCUCCAUCCCUGCCGCUUUCCACGAGAACUUCCUCCGCGUCAGCUUCAUGGAGGAAGGGAAGACGCAGUUCCGCUUCGACCGCGACAUCGACGGGCGGGCGUUCAUCGAGGAUAGAGUGGGCACGCUCCUGCGCCAGGGACUCACCAUCGCCGGCCGCAAGUUCGACUUUCUCGCGUACUCGAUGUCGGCUCUCAAGGAGCACACCGUCUGGUUCCUCCAGCCGUUUUCCUUCAUGCGCGCCGGCGCGAAGAUCAGCAUAACAGCACCAAGCAUCAUCGCCUCCCUCGGCACCUUCGACCGCCCGACGCUCUACUGCCCCGCGCGCUACGCCGCGCGCAUAUCCCAAGCCUUCACCGCGACGGACCAAGCGACGGUCGAAGUCGAGGAGGUCGAGUACAUCCGCGACGUCGAGACGGCGGACCGCAAGUACUGCUUCACCGACGGCGUCGGGACCAUCUCGCUCGAACUUGCGAGAAAGAUUUGGGCAGAUCUGCAGGCGACGCGUAAGCGCGUGCGGCGGAGCCGGGGCAGCCCGCGCGCGUACCAGGUGCGGUUUCAGGGGAGCAAGGGCAUGUUGAGUGUUGAUUAUCGGCUGCGCGGGUCGGUCAUCAAUUUGCGGCCGUCGAUGAAGAAGUUCGAGGCGCCGGACGGGCUGUACGUCGAGAUCGCGCGCGCGUUCGACAGUCCGGGCGCGUACUACCUCAACCGGCCGCUCAUCAUGCUGCUCGAGGGCCUGGGCGUGCCGUAUAGCGUGUUCGAGCGGUACCAGGACGCGGCGGUGUUGGACGUCGAGCGCUCGACAAGGGAUAUCGCGGGCGCGGGGAGGCUGUUUGAGAAGUAUGGGUUGGGCGCGAGCUUCCGCGUUUCGUCCGUGUUGAACAGCCUGGCGAAGCUCGGGCUGGACCAUAUGGUCGGCGACGAGUUUUAUCGCAAGGUGUUGGAGUUCGCGGUCAAUCAUAUAUUGCGAGACUUGAAGAACCAUGCAAGGAUACCGAUUCCGAAGGGGCAUACGCUCGUUGGGGUCGCGGAUGUGCAUGGGGAGUUGAAGGAGAAUGAGAUCUAUGCGUGUGUUAGGAAGAAGGAGGGGCCGGCGGUGUAUCUCGAGGGACCGAUAUUGGUGUCGAGGUCGCCGACGAUUCAUCCGGGGGAUGCGCAGAUCGCUCAUGCUAUUGGGAAGCCGAAGCGGGGGAGCUCAUUCGAGAUUGAGCCGCUUCCGAACAUGGUGGUAUUCUCUACCAAGGGCGCGCGCCCUCUGCCUACCUGCCUCGGCGGAGGCGAUCUCGAUGGCGACUUGUACAACCUCAUCCCACUGAACGACUGCCCCGAGUUCCGCCCCAAGCGUCUGAGCGAGGCCGCAUCGUACGAUCCAGCGCCGAAGAAAGUGCUCGACAGGCCGAGUACCAUGAACGACGUAGCAGACUUCGUAGUCGACUACAUCAACUCUGAUGUCGUGGGCAUCAUCGCUAUCAACUGGUUGAUCAUCGCGGACCAGAGCGAGCGUAACAUCUUCGAUCCGGAUUGUAUGACCUUGUCCCAGUUGCACAGUGACGCCGUCGACUACCAGAAGUCCGGAACGCCCGUCGCUCUCGACAGGAUCCCUCGACUCAAGUUCAAAGCCCGCCCGGACUGGAACGCUCCCGAAACCGUCAACGUCGCCCACUCCACAACGCACUACAAAUCCCAACGCGCGAUCGGCAAGCUCUUCCGCAAAGUCGAGCUGCCCACCGUAAACAUCGCGCACGAAGACCGGCGCCAGCGCAGGCGCAUGCGGCGCACGCAGAACCGGGACAUCGACGACCUCGCGUCCGAGCUGAGCGAUCUGAGCGUCGGCUCGGACGCGGGGGACGAUCCGGUGGUAGAAGCCGUGCGGGAGCGGGUGGACGAGUUCAUCGAUAUCGGCGUCGAGCCCCCGCCCGCGACGCGCGAGGCCGUCGCGCGGCUGUUCCAGCGGUACGCGGCGGAUCUGCAGGGCAUAUGCGCGACGCAGGUGUUGUCGCACAGGCGCACGUCGACGUUGACGGAGGAAGAGGCCGUGGUGGGGACGAUCGUCGAGAAGACGUCGCAGCCGCGGAAGCGGAAGGAGGUCAUGGCGAAGCUGCGCGAGCACACGGAUUAUCUGGUGAAGGAUGUCAGGACGGAGUUAGCGGCGGCUGAGGACGAGCCGCGCGAGGCGGCGCUGAUGCGUGGGUGGUUGGCGUGGCAGCUGUCGGUGAGGGAGCAUGGGCUGUUUGGGGCGAGGAGCUUUGGGUGGGUCGCGCUGGGGUCGAUCUUUGAGACGAUCAAGGAUAUUGAGGACGAGGAGAAGGAGCGUCUGCGCAAUCUUGGCUAUGACUGA